GACACCUUGCAAUUCUAAACCUUGACGGAUAUCCUAUGAUUGUGAGCAUUACGGGCAGUUAGAGAAAGUUGGAGUGUCUAGGGUAGAGACAAGGGUCCGGUUGUUCAAGAACCACCUGCUUGUGAACCACGGCUUUUUCGUCCAUUUAGCCCCAAAUUGCCUCAUCUGCAACUUGAUACUGCCGGCGCAUCAAAAAUCCCGAUAAGACAGUGCUUGGACGGGAAAUACACAUCCUUGGCUGUCUCUUCUUGUGGAACGCCAGAGCCGUAUAUCUCGAUCACGCCGCCAACAAACCUCGGCCAGAGGCCAAAGAUGACCACGCCGUCCAACGGCCAACCGGCCGAUAACAAUGACCAUCUGGUCCAGUCCGACAACCCUGACCAUCCGGCAAACCUGAUUCCAUCACUAUGUGCAAAGUUCUGGACGCUAGGUUGGGUCACAGGCACUGGAGGAGGGGCCUCGAUCCGCGAAGAUGACCUGGUCUACAUUGCGCCGUCAGGCGUACAGAAGGAGUUGAUGAAGCCAUCCGACAUCUACGUGUUGUCACUAGCUGCGCAAGCGCAAUCCCUCGACAGGCGCAACCGUGUCUACCUGCGCAGUCCGCCCAACUACAAGCCGAGCCAGUGCACGCCGCUCUUCCUGGCUGCCUUCACGAAGCGGGGGGCCGGCUGCUGCAUCCAUACGCAUUCGCACUGGGCGGUGUUGGUGACCCUGAUCUUGGAGACACAGGGCCCCGGCAAAGACCGCGAGUUCCGCAUCAACAAUAUCGAGCAGAUCAAGGGUUUUGGGAGAGGAUUCGAGAAGAGCGGCAACCUGGGGUACCAUGACACGCUGGUGAUCCCUGUUAUCGAGAAUACCGCGCACGAGGAAGACCUGACUGAGUUCCUCGAGGAGGCGAUGGACAAGUACCCCGAUACUUAUGCGGUGCUGGUCAGGAGGCAUGGCGUCUACGUCUGGGGCGACAAUGUGCACAAAGCAAAGACGCAGUGCGAGAGCCUCGACUACCUAUUCCAACUUGCAGUCGAAAUGAAGCAGCUCAACCUGCCGUGGGUAACCGACAUCGAGCCGGUGAAGCCUCGGGGGUCAUAGCAAUAUCCAAUCCUAGUUUCAGUUCACCGUUCAACCUUCACCCAAAGACACAAUUUGACUAGCGGAGGAAACGCAACACGCAUCGUUUAUAACCUGCAUUAUACAGUAACCACCCUAGCUACCGUACCCA